AUGGACGAGCAACAUCUUGCACCUCUUUCUGCUGAUGAAGAUUCACGUUUUGAUGGUUAUAGUAGUUCUGAUGAUGCAAGUGUUGAAGUUACUUCAACCAUUGACGAAUGUGAAAAUGAAUUAGUACGUUUAUCAACAUGUCUUCAAUUGGAAUCUGAAUUCGACAAUGAUGAUGAUCAAGCUUUUGAAUGGCCUGAACCACCACCAACAUUACUUUCUUCAAGUUCAUCUGAUAUUGAAGAAUUAGCUGAUUCUCAACAGGUGGUAUUGUCCACAACGUCAUUUAAUAAUGGUGAUACUCAAGAAAAAUCUAACUCAUGUAAACGACGUCAAUGGUCAAUAAAGGAAAAGCUUGAUGCUAUCGCACUAUUUGAUAAAAAUCAAAGUAAACGUAAAACUGCGAAUGAAAAAGGAUGUACACCUGCUCAACUACGAAAUUGGAUUCACAAUAAAGAAAAUUUGUUAAAGAUGUACAAGAAUAAAAAAGGUGGUAAACGAAAACGAUUAGAAGGUGGUGGUAAAAAAGUUGUUUAUGCUGAUCUUGAUAGUCGACUCUUUACCUGGUAUCGGUCACGAAGGACCGAUCCUAAUGAUCAAUCUCGUGCUGUAGCUGAUAUACGAAGAGAAAGAGUAACUCUUCGUCAUUUGGAAAAAGAAGGUCGUCGUAUUGCUAAAGAAUUAAAUCAUGCUUCACCAGCAUCAAGUUGGUAUUUACGUUUUUUGAAACGUAAUGGUUUAUCAUUACAACGACCCAAGAGACAAGAUAAAGUACCACUUGAUGAAGUUCAUCGUUUAGCUAAUUCUUUUUAUAUGUUCAAUCGUCGUGCAAGUUUAUGGUCAAUUCGACGUGGUCCGAUGGGUGCAUUUAUUUCUGAAGACAUUUGCAAUAUGGAUGAAUCUCCAUUAGCACUUUUUGGUGAUCAAGCUAAAAGGUCUGUUAAUGAUAUCGGUACAAGUAAUGAAAUCAAUGGGUGCAUUAGCAACAAGAGAUUUUGCACCGUUUUACUUACUGUUUUUGGUAAAAAUCAACGAAUGAAACCAGUGGUACUUUUUAAAGGUAAAGGUAAUAUUGGUGUUAAUGAACGUGAACAGUAUUCAAAAGGUGUAGAUGUUAUUUUUACACCAAAAGCUGUAAUUAAUGGACAAUCAAUGGAUAUAUAUAUUAAUAAAUGGUUACAAAAGGUGUAUGAUGGUCAUCCUAAACUAUUUAUUGUCGAUUCAGCGAAUUCUCAUUUAAAACCCGAAAUAAUUCAAAAGUUACGAAAGAAGAAUGUUGUGGUAUCUAUUAUUCCAAAAGGGUGCACACAAUAUCUACAACUUCUUGAUACAGCAGUUUUUUCGGUAUUCAAGAAUCACUAUCAAGCUGCUGCUGAUGAAUACAUUGAUUGUUAUAGUUCACGUAGCAAAAUUAAAUUAACAGCUAAACAACAAAGAAUUCUAUGUACUCGUUUAAUUUCAACAGCAUGGAUUCGUACUCAGAAAAGUAUAGAUUUUGAACGUGCAUUUCUUGAUAUUGGUUAUACAUGGAUGGAUGAAUCUCCUCUUUCUAUUCGAACUUUACAAGGAUUUAUUUUUGAUCCAUCAACAGUAACUUCUUCGGCAUUCAAUGAUGAUGACAAUGAAGAAAAAGAAGAAUAUAAUGCAAAGAAAACAACGGUAAACUCAAUUAUUGAUGGUGGAUAUACAGCAACAUGUAUCGAUGAACUUGCUGAUGGUAAUUGUUUAUUGAAACUUAUGAAUGAAUUAGAAAAUAAAAAAGAUCCAUCAUCACGAUUUUAUAUUCCUUAUGAACUUGAUACAAAAGGAAUUUUCGACUUAAUCUUGAAAUAUAUUUCAAAAAAUACAGUAUUUAUUGAUCAAAUCUAUUCAUCAUCAACAAUUCCAAAAGAAACAAAACAAAUUCCUGAAGUUUAUGGAGCUGUUGAUACCAAUGAACCUACUCGUACGAAUGAAGGUAUAAGUGAUUUCAUCAAUGUCAAUCGUAAUAAUAAUGGUUUACAUCUUCAACAGUUUCGAAAUAAAGGUAUUGAUCACCUCGAUUUUGUUAAUACACGUGAACUUGACUUAAUUGAUAAUAUUUAUGAUAAUGAUUUGGGUCACAAAGAUUCUACAAGUACAGAAGUUCUUGAAUCAAAUGUCAUGAGUUUACAUGGAUAUGAUUUGAUUGAUGGUGCUAAUGGUGCUUAUUCAGGUGUUAAUAAAUUAAAAAAUGCACAAAAUUCUCAAGCAAGUAUUAUGAGUUCAUGUGCACUUCAUUCAACUGAUGAUGCUAGCGGUGCUUGUUCAGAUGUUAAUAAUUUAAAAAAUGCACAAAAUCUUCAAUCAUAUACUUUUGAUAGAUUUGAAGAUCUUGUCAAUACUAAAGGAAAAGAAAGAGGUAAUCAAUAA